AUGUCAAGUGCAAUUAAAGAUAAUAAACAGUCUGGGGACCCAAAGCUAGAGAGAGCCAUUUGUCGUAAGUUAGAUUUCACUAUUUUGCCAGUGUUGGCAAUAGUGUAUCUUUUCAAUGGUUUAGAUAAAUCAAACAUUAGUAAUGCUAAGACCGAUACCAUAAUGGAGGAUUUGAAUAUAUCUGGUAAUCAAUGGAACUUAUUAUUAUCAAUUUUUUAUAUUCCAUUUGUUUUAUGUGCUUUCCCCUUAUCAUUUGUGGUGAAGAAGUUUAAUCCUGCUAGAAUGAUUCCUAUCUUUAUGUUUGGGUUUGGUUCUAUAACUGCUCUUCUUGCAACUACCGCGUUAUAUAAAACCAAUGGUUUCGUACUGCUUUUAAUCGGUCGUCUCUUUUUAGGAGCUUUUGAAAGUGCUAUUCUCCCAAGUAUUAUUUUUUAUUUAUCCCGUUGGUAUAGACGGGCUGAGUUAGCAACCAGAGUAGCUAUUUUUUAUUCUGCUGCUGCGUUGGCAAAUGCUUUUUCAGGCUUAUUGGCUUAUGGUUUAUUUCAAGUGGAAAGCCCUGUUCUCCAUGGUUGGCAACUCUUAUUCUUAGUGGAGCUGGCAGGAACCUUGAUAUUUUCUGUUGUUGCAUUCUUGGUUUUACCAAGAUCAAUUGAGCAAACAUCUAUAUUUACUGAAGAAGAAAGAGAAUAUGCAAAGUAUCGAAUCGAAACCGAUUCAAAAUCAGUAACUGCUGACAAAGCUCCAUUUAAAGAAUCCUUGAAAGUUUUCAAACAUCCCGUGUAUUGGAUAUGGCUUCUAGUAGAAGUCUGCAUUGGUGUUCCUUUGAACUCAAUCAAUAAUUGGUUUCCACAGAUUGUUCAGAAUCUUGGUCAUCCAACAACUGCCCAAACAAAUUUGUACACUGUUGGUCCUAAUGUCUGGGGUGCAGUGGCCUUGAUUUUUUUUGCAAUCGGUUCUGACUACUUCAAGAUUAGAUCCUUGUUUGUGUGUGCUGCUGUGAUAAGUACUCUUAUUGGCUUCGUGGUUUAUGGCUGUGUUGAUACUCUUAACCACAUUCCGGUAGCUUACUUUGCUUGCUUCUUGAUGACUACAGGUGCUUCCGCUUCCUCGGUGCUUACGUCCUCAUGGUAUACCAAUAACACCCCUUCGGAAUCUAGAAAAUUAGCAAUGGCUUCCAUCGGUAUACCUUUGGCUAAUGCUGCUGGACUUAUCUCAACUAAUAUCUUCAGAGCUAAAGAUGCACCAAAGUACGUUCCUGCCUUAGGAAUAACUGCUGGUUUUGGAGGGCUUGCAGUGGUCUUAAUUCUUAGUCUCUAUACGUUCAUGGUGUUUGAUAAUAGAAGAAGAAAUAGACUACAAGGUGUUGAUCUUACUUUUGAAGAUGUGCCUACGGCUGACCUUGCUGACGGACCACAUAAUCCAAACUUCAGAUGGAUGUAUUAG